AUGACGGCGGCCUCGAGGCUGUCCUACAGGAACGCCACCGUAGCCCUGUGCGCCAUCAACGUCCUCGCGGUGGCGCUCCUCCUCCGCAGCCACUUCUCGUCCUGGCCGCGGAUCGCCGGCGGCCACCGGGAAGCCGUUGUCCCGUUAGAACCGCUAGGGUCGAGGAAUCCGUUCGAUUUGGCCCCAAAUUCAAGGUUCAUUUGGUCAUCAGGCGCACUGAGUGGAAAUACCGGGUGCUACUCUUUGGCAGCUCAGCUACGGUAUAUAUGGGAGUCCGAAGAGUUGCGCCGUGCCAUGGAGCCUGUGGAUUUGAUUAUGAGAGUGAAGGAAAUUGAGCAAGAAGCUUAUGGAGAGCCUGGCAUGUCAACAACGCAAGAAGGGACGGCUGCUGUUGACUUAUCAAAAAGCUCUGGAGGAGUGGCGCAAGCGGAAGAUGGAGCGUGCGAGGCAGCGGGCGAUCGAGAAGGACGGGAUGAUGCCCGGCGCGAAAACACCGUGAAGCAUACACGGGCACUAGAAAGAAGCAAUCCAGAACACAAAUGGGGGGCACUGGUAUUCUUCUUCUCCUGCCUUGCCCCGGGGGCUGCUGCGGCGAGGUUCGGCGACGUGUCCAAGGAGAUCAAGCGGGUGCGGAAGCAGAUGGAGGAGGACGAGCAGCUGGCCUCCCUCAUGCGCGGCCUCCGCGGCCAGAACCUCCGCGACGACCAGUUCGCAGACAAAGACGUCACCAUGCGCCUCGUCGAGGUGACCAACACCGAGGGGCUGCCUCUCGUGUACAGCCCCGAGAUCAUUUCGGCCUACUGGGGCAAACGCCCGGGCGCCGUCGCCACCCGAGCCGUGCAGCUCUUGUCUGUGGCAGGUGGUUUCAUCUCCCACAUCAUAUCAGACCUCAUCACCGACAAAAUCAAGGAGAACGAAGUGACGCGCGCGAUCGAGCUGAGGGAGAUCGUCACGUCUCUGGGCCCUGCUUACAUCAAGCUCGGCCAGGCGCUGAGCAUCCGGCCCGAUAUUCUGUCCCCUGCGGCGAUGACCGAGCUGCAGAAGCUAUGUGACAAGGUUCCAUCGUUUCCUGACGAUAUCGCAAUGGCUCUCCUGGAAGAAGAGCUUGGCCGGCCAUGGCAAGACAUAUACUCGGAACUAUCUCCCUCACCAAUCGCCGCAGCAUCACUGGGACAGGUAUACAAAGGCCGUUUGAAAGAAACUGGAGAACUGGUAGCUGUGAAAGUGCAAAGACCAUUCGUACUUGAGACUGUCACCAUAGAUCUAUUCAUCAUCAGAAAUUUGGGAUUGGUUCUCAAGAGAUUUCCACAGGUUGCCCUUGAUGUUGUUGGCCUAGUAGACGAGUGGGCUGCCCGAUUUUUUGAAGAACUUGAUUAUGUCAACGAAGGGGAAAAUGGCACCCGCUUCGCUGAAAUGAUGAGAGAAGAUCUUCCUCAGGUUGUUGUACCAAAGACGUACCCUGAAUAUACAUCCAGAAAAGUUCUUACCACAGGGUGGGUAGAUGGUGAGAAGCUUUCGCAAAGUACUGAGGAUGAUGUUGGGUCCUUGGUUAAUGUUGGUGUUAUAUGCUAUCUAAAACAGUUGCUUGAUACUGGAUUCUUCCAUGCUGACCCUCAUCCUGGAAACAUGAUUAGGACACCAGAUGGAAAGCUUUGUAUUCUUGAUUUUGGGCUUGUGACAAAACUGACAGAUGAUCAGAAGUACGGAAUGAUUGAAGCAAUAGCUCACCUUAUUCAUCGUGAUUAUGAUGCAAUCGUGAAGGACUUUGUGAAGCUUGGUUUUAUCCCUGAGGGAGUUAACUUGGAUCCAAUCUUACCUGUACUGGCUAAAGUUUUUGAUCAGGCACUUGAAGGAGGUGGUGCAAAGAAUAUUAACUUUCAAGAGUUGGCAGCGGAUCUAGCACAGAUAACAUUUGAUUACCCAUUCAAGAUACCUCCGUAUUUUGCUUUGAUUAUUAGAGCAAUUGGAGUACUAGAAGGUAUUGCUUUGGUGGGAGACCCUGAAUUUGCCAUUGUGGAUGAAGCAUAUCCAUAUAUUGCACAGAGGCUGCUAACAGAUGAAUCACCUAGACUGAGGAGUGCCUUGCGGUACACAAUAUAUGGCAAAACAGGUGUCUUUGACGCAGAGAGGUUCAUUGACGUUAUGCAAGCUUUCGAGAAUUUCAUUAGUGCAGCAAAGAGCGGUGGUGGGGAGGACAUGAAGGGUAACAUGGCUGAGCUGGGUGCUAUAGGAUUCCAACCUAACACCAGUUUAGUUCCUGCAUUCCCAAUGGCCAUUUCCCAACCCGAGAACCCAAUCAAAGCUCGGGCUGCUCUCUCUUUUCUACUCUCUGACAGGGGUGACUUCUUCCGGGAGUUCAUUCUUGAUGAGAUUGUGAAAGCCAUCGAUGCGGUUUCAAGGGAGCAACUGCUACAAAUUGCUUCAUCUUUUGGGGUCAGAAAUCCCGUCCCGGUUUUUGGCAUGGUUCCUGUGAGGUCCGGAGCAUUGCUUCCUACAAUCACAGAGGAAGACAGGAUCAUCUUGAACAAUGUCGAGAAGGUCGUCAAGUUUCUCUCGGCUGGGACGGCAAAUCCAACAGUCAACGGGGACGUAAAUGUCGUGUCUCUGGUGCAAGAGCUUCUACCCGUGUUGCCGAGCAUCACGUCGAAGAUCCUACCAGAUGUCUUGAGCCGGUUGUCAUCACGUGUAUUCGCACGGGUGAUCCGGGAAUCAUUUUUGUGA